GGGCAGGACGGAGCCGCUCCGGGCUGCUUCACAUGCGCAGUCCUGCCGUGAAUCACUCAUCACCACGACAACCGGAGACCCGAGCCCUGCCACACCGGACCGAGCAGAGCAGCCGGAGCCACGAUCCGCCUGGGCGUUUUCAGGCAGCCGAGCAGCCAUGGUGAAACUGGGGAGCAAUCUGUCCGAUAAGCUGGAGAAGCAGCCAUCUGCGGACGAUGGCUUCGAUAACAUCCCCCUCAUCACACCCCUGGAGGUGAACCAGCUCCAGCAGCCUUUUGCAGACAAGGUCAUUGUGAAGACGUCCACCCAGUACCAGCUGCACCAGAAGAAGAGCAAGCUUUACAUCCCCAACAUUAAGAAGCUGAAUAUCAACUUCUACAGCGACGUCUCAGAGAAAGCAAAGAUCACAGGUUUGAUCCUCAUCUCUUUGGCCUUCCUGACCAGCCUGCUGCUCCUGCUCAUGUACAAAGCCAUGUGGUAUGACCAGCUCACCUGCCCGGAGGGGUUCGUCCUAAAGCAGAAGCACUGUACGCCUGCAGCUCUGGAGAUGUUCUACACAGAGCAGCAGCAGCAGCAGCAGCAGCAGCAGGAGGGGGUGGAGGCGGCGGAGCUGGAGCUCAGCACCAACGACUGUACGCGGUACGCUGCUCUCAGCCACCUCAACCAGGUCAAGAGGACCGGGCCCGUGAUGCCAUCGCCAUGGUUACCAGUCAUCGGCGCCCUGAAGCAGGCCGAGGUGGAAAAACAAGACGGCGAAUCACUGAAAGGGGUGCUGGAGGGGGAGGAGUGAGGCAUCGAUGCAAGUGAAGAUAUAAGAGGAGAGGAUUAGGAUG